AUGAGAAUCUAUCAGUGUCAUUUUUGCUCAUCCCCAGUCUACCCUGGUCAUGGUAUCAUGUUUGUGCGUAACGACGCCAAAGAAUUUAGAUUCUGUCGUUCCAAGUGCCAUAAAGCAUUCAAGCACCGUCGUAAUCCAAGAAAAUUGAAAUGGACUAAAGCGUUCAGAAAAGCUGCUGGUAAGGAGCUUGCGGUUGACUCUACUUUGUCAUUCAGUGCCAGAAGAAACGUCCCAGUCCGUUACAACAGAGAUUUGGUUGAAACCACCUUGAAGGCCAUGGACAGAGUUGAAGAAAUACGACAAAAACGUGAAAGAGCAUUCUACAAGAACAGAAUGGCUGGUAAUAAGGAAAGAGAAUUGGCUAAUGACAGAAAAUUGGUCGAAGCUAAUCCAGAGUUAUUGAAGAUGAGAGAAGUGGAAAUUGCUAAGAAAUUGGCUAAGCAAGAGGCUAGAGAAGCUGCUGCUUCCGCUAUGGAUGAAGAUGAACAACAGGCUAGUGAAGACGAAGAAAUGGACGUCGAUGAAGAAAGCGAAACUGAAGCUGCCAAACAAAAGAUUACUCUCAAAGCUAAGAGAAGAACCAAGAAGACUCUUAAAUUUUAA